AUGGAACGGACCUGGUCCCCCAAGCAGCCUGCCUGCGUCUCCCGCUGCCCCCGCGUCUCCCGCUGCCCCCGCGUCUCCGCGAAGGGCAAAGCGCCCCCCUGGCGCCACGAGGCUCCGCGAGCAUGGGACAACCGGGAGAGCAGCUGCCCCUGCCUUCUGGGGGCCCACAGCCCUCCUUGGCUUCGCUUCGCAGUGGCAGCUGUAGUGGGAGAUGUGCACAGAAGGCCCUACCGUGCAGCCCGGCACCCAGAUCAGAUCCGCUGCCUGUUUGCUUCCACCCUUAGCCAGGGCACAGCCGCCCUGGGCCUCUGCCGUGGGCUCAGACGAGCCCCUAAAGCCGCCUCCUGCGGUGUCACAGACAUCAUGACCUCAGAGGCGGCCGCAGCAUUUUGGUGA